CAACAUGCAGUGGACUACAAAAGAUGGGAUCGAGUUACCUCAGAUUCUGCUGUACAUAAGUCGUGACGCAGUAAGAACAAGAUGUAGUCCAGGCAAGUUUUUCUCUUCUUGCCUUCAACUCUGAUACGAUGGGCAGCUAUAACUCAGCCCUCAUUCCGGACACAGAAGAGUUUGUUUCAAUUGUUCGGGAGAGCCUGAGCGAGCAGAGAGCUACUGCUGCAGAUGAGAUGUUACAGUCAGAGCUUCAGUCUCUGGUAACAUUUAUGAUUGAGAAGGAAAGAAGACAAAACCAAAGUGAAGCGAUGAAUUCUUCAAAACAUCAAGAAAACACAAGUCAGAAUUGUUCCCUCCUUCAGGCUACAGAGAAGAAUAUCUCGAAAGAGUCUUUUUCCUCCCUGCUGCCAAAGGCUCUCUCUGCUGUACUACAUCCAGCACUGCCCCCAGCCCUCAAUUCAGACCCUCGACCAAGAAGCACAGAGAAAAACAUCAAGCCAAAUUUAGAAGAACUGCAGACCGAGCUGAGAAACCUGAGGGAUCAGUUUGAACAGAUGAAGAGUCAGCACAACAAAGAAAUUAAACUGCUGAUGAAUGAGCUCGAUGAGGAAAAGAGGAUUCGACUGACUUUACAGAUGGAAAUCCAGCGGAUGAAGAGGCACAUGUCAAAAUGAACAAGAAGGACUGCAUCAAGGGCAUGAGUUUCUGAUGUUACAUGUGUUUUGUAAACUUUUUUGAAAAAAACUGAACAUGAAAUGAUCUUUUUAAUGCCAUUGUAAUGGAAAAAAUUAGCAGACUGUUGGGAUUGUUGAUUUUAAUCAGUUCUUAGUUGGGCAGCUGAGUGAGCUUACAAAGAGCCCCCACAGCAUCGACUGAAUCAUUGCUAAAAUGUAUCAAUCCAAUCCCAAGAAUCUGCACAGGGCACUAAUCAAGGCAUUUCUAGUUGAUCCAAAUCAGACUCCCUGACUAAAAUCAACCCCUGAUGUCUUGGUAUGGCUUGCAAAACUGUUUUAUAGUUUGUGCACCCUUCAGAAUAAUUUUCACGAAGAAAGAGACUUUUUUGGCUGCCGCAACAUCCUGCAUGUCUGUAAUAUGCUCUGCCCACAUGGUUUCAGACAGCUUUCUGCGUCAGAAGAGAGCAAGCUGAGGUUAUAGUCAUUAAACCUUAUGGGUUCAAAGCACAUGAAAACAACUUUUUACGUGAUUUUUAUCCACAAGUGAUUACCUGAAACUGCAUUGAAAUAUGUUAUGACCAAAUCAUCAACGAGUCAUAUUAAAACAGAGUAAAGAUGCUAGCGUUAGUCCAGCAUUUUAUCAAACUGGGAGCAAGCUGUGAGUUUAAUGAAGCCAAUCGGUGUAUGUGUUGAGUUAGACAUAUCUUUAGAAACAAAUUUUAAAGCUAUGAACGUUUUAGAUGACAAGCUGACGGAACAUUAAAGGAGUUUUCUGAAGCUAGAUAACCCCAUGUUGUGAGGCUGUCCUCCAGAAACCUGUGGGGACAAAAUACACUAUAUUGCCAAAAAUAUUCACUCACCUCCCUUGACUUGCAUAUGAACUGAAGUGACAUCCCAUUCUUAAUACAUAGGAUUCAAUAUGACAUUGGUCCACAUUUUGUAACUAUAACAGCUUCAGCUCUUCUUGGAAGGCUGUCCACAAGGUUAUGAGAGUGUUCAUAGGAAUUUUUGACCAUUCUUUCUGAAGCACAUUUGUGAGGCCAUAGACUGAUGUUGGACAUGAAGACCUCUCAAUCUCCGCUCUAAUUCAGUCCAAUGGUGUUCUAUUGGGUUGAGGUCAGGACUCUGUGCAAGCCAGUCGCCAAAAUCUCUUAGCCAUGUCUUUAUGGAACUUGCUUUGUGCACAGUCAUGUUGGAAGACUGUUGUUUGAUUUUAUAUACAUGUGGCCAUGGAGGUUAUUGGAACACCUGAUUUAAAUUAUAUGGAUGGGUGAAUACUUUUCAAAAAAUAGUGUAUGUUACUGUCAAGGAAAUGGAUUGGAGGGACAGAGCAAUUAAAGUGGAACACAAAAGCUAUUGAGUUUUUAGCACAUAGACUUUUUUAACUUUAAUGUAGUUAUCACAUAAACAAAGGAGUUUUGUGUUAAUAUUGAUCAUUACUUUGUUUCAACAAUGGUUCUUGACGUAAAUCUUGUUACUCCUAUGAAUGCCAUUGAAAAGCUUGUUUAUUUCCACUGAAAGGGGGUCACAUUUUGGCAACUUUGCUGGGUUGAGCAACAGAGUUGAUUAACUGGGUUGUGCACAUAAUAAUCUGUGAGAUCCUCUCUGCAAAUGCAAAACAAUUUUUGGUUGACAUAGUGUGAUGAUGUAGAGCGUCAUCUCCCUCACUGGAAUACAACCCCUCUCAUUAUUAGAGGAAAUCUCAACGCAAAUAGAUUUUACAAUUUAACCAAUCCCAUUUAAGGGAACAAACUUUAUCCUGCAACGUGUCAAAGAGUGGGGUUUAUCAGAGGCUAUCUAUAGAAUUUGGCAGUAGAAAGGAUGGGACGGCCUGCUCACUGUCCUGACCCCAACCACAAUGAACACUUGUGGGAUUCAGCUUUGGCAUGCUAUUGGUGCCAGUGUGACCCAAAGAAACACAUUGGCUAACUGGUGACAAAUACUGGUUAAUGAAUGGGAUGCAAUCCAAUCAGUGUGUUACCAAGCUGGUGACCAGGGUGUGGAGGAGGAUCCAGGCUGUUGUGGUUAUGUACAUUGCUCUUGGUUUUCAUUGUUGCCACAAAGAAAACAAAAUCAACAAAAAACACAUUUCCUAACUUUUUGUGUUUAGUAACAGAUUGGAACUCAGUAUUAACCAGUGUCUGAUCUUCAACGACUCAGAUUGCUUUUAGGGACAAAAAGUCUUGAUCGGGAUAUUCUAUGGCAUGAAGCAUUGUAUUUUGGGGCACAUUUAUCUAAAAACCUUGUAUAAUAUAUUUGUUAUUUGAUUCUGGCUGAGCAGUUAAUUUAUUUUUUGCUAAUGUAACUGAUAUUGUGAUAUAAGCAAGUUGCUCAUAAAUUUGUUUCGUUUGUUGCAAAUACAAAUACAUGUAUAAAUAUACAUGUAUUUAAAUAGAUGAAAACAAUUUUAAGAAAUAAAACUCUGACACCA